AUGACUGCUACAAGACAGCUAACUCUUGGUAUUAUUACUGUUAAGGAGUUUCUUUUGCAAUGCUCACAUAGCACAGAAACUUAUCUGAGACAAGAAAUUAAUUGGCAUAAUAAUAUCGAACAAGGUAUAAAUAUAACAUUCCUUGUAAUACCUGAAGAGUUAGAUCCAGACAUUAUUUAUAUGAUGGAAAUUGAAGAAAAUAGGAGAAUUUUGGAAAUGCAAAAUUUACCUUACGUCCAAGUCCAAGUACAUGAAGUUCUUCCUGCUGUUGAAACAGAAAACCAAGCAAAUAUGUGUGUUGCUUGUCUUGAUGCGGAAAGUACUCACGCCUUGUCUCCAUGUGGACAUAAAUCUUUAUGUUUAAUGUGUUUAGAAUCAUUAGUUUCAGAACGCUGUCCAAUAUGUAACAGUAUAUUCACUUCAAAUUUACGCAUUUGGUAG